AACAGACAGCAACACCAACAGCACAAACCAAACCAACAGCGGCAAAACAAAGCAAAGCAAAGCAAGAACGAACAAACGAACAAAAGAAUCCCGAAUCAAACAAGAAGCAAGCAAACAAACAAGCAACAUCCAAGCACCAUGGCGGAAGGGCAACAACCGUUGCCACCCAAGCGGCAAACAACGCCAAGAUUCUGCGUCGUGGUCCCGAGGAAGCGCCUCUCGCCGUCCCUCGGUGCCCUGGCGGCCCUGUUGUUGCUCUCGGUGUUUUUCCAAGCGUCCUCCUCGGAGACGACGGUGCUUGCCCCGAAGCGAGAAGGACCCGCAGCUGCGGCAAACGCAAACGCAAACGCGAAAGCUACAUCCGCAGCCGCGGGGUCUCCCGUGCACCACCGGUCGUUCCGGCGCGGCUUGCGGCAGGACACGGAGUGCAUCCUGUACCUGGGGCUCCUGGAGCGCGAGCCGGGGGCAGGCAUCCGUGGUGGAGGGAAGGCCGGCAGCACCUCCCACGAGGCGGUGUGGUCCUGCGAGCUGCCCAUGGAAGCGGUCGGGGGGGAAGGCAGCACCGUCCCCGGAAUGGGGGGAACCACUGGGGGGUUUGGCAGCAGCAGCAGCAUGGGCACCAUGCUGGUGGCCAUCGAGGGCCUCCGCCCCGGCUUUUUCGAGGAAGGGGGGGCCGUCUCCGGUGCCACGAUCCUGAGGAUCAGCGAGGGCUGCUACCUGGAGGGAACAAGAACGAGCCCGGGACCGCAGGGCAAAACCAAGGGAACUCUCAAAACCAGGGAUCCGGCCACGAUUCUCACCAGGAUGGUCGUCCCCCCAGAGGCCACCGUCGAGCUGUCGGCACAAGGGCAGGGAUCGGCGUCCCCGAUCUUCUUCCACCGAACGAGAAACUUAAGGCCAAGGGGAAAGAGCAGCAACAGCAGAAGCAGCUAUCCACACCCGAGGGGCCCCGUGGACCACGACCCGGACCACCCCCUCGUCCACAGGGCGAUCCCCACCGUCGGAAGCCUCACCACCCUGGUGGUCCGCGUGGUGGGCCCGAGCGGGAUCGCCCCGGUCGACGACAUCGAGGCUACCCGGAACAACGUCUUUCAGGACGCCGUCUGCCUCAAGAGCCAGAUCGAGGCCUGCUCCAAGGGCCAGCUGGUCAUUGAUCCCUUCUCGGGAACCACCCAGGCCGGGAAAGUCGUAGAGGGGGGCGUUGUGGACGUGGCCAUCGACGUCGAUCCGGCCCCCGGCAACCGGGACAUCCUCAAGCACCGGGCCAACUGGAUGGCGACGCGGGUGCUGGGGAACCUGGAGGAACAGUUCGACCUGGUCCUCUUCUGCCUGCCGCCGGGAACCGGGAGGGACUGGAUCGGUUUUGCCAGCGUGGGGAGGUUCGAUUCAUACUACAACAACCAGUGGUGCGGCCGGGUGUCGAUCCAGCUCCACGAGGUCGGCCACUCCCUCAACCUGGCCCACUCGGGGGAGAAGAAGGCGGGGACCAGCGACUACGACGACCAGUCGGGCAUGAUGGGCUUUUCCUACCCGAGAGACGACUGGCCCCGCAUGUGCUUCAACCCCGCCAAGAGCUACCAGCUGGGAUGGUACAAGAGGCAGCAGCUCGCCAUCGAUCCCACGAAGAUGCUGCUGGCCGACCACCAAGGCUACGGAGUCGAGGGCGAAGGCGAAGGCGAGAGCGAAAGCUAUGGCAUUGGGUACGAUACGGACGACGAUACGGACGACGAUACGGUAAGCACGGCGAAACCCAUCUCCACAACCACCACAGAGACCUCCGCGACGAGCGUCUUUGUCUUCAACGGGGUGGCCGAUUACCGGGCCACCGACGACUAUUACGACGACUACAUCGGCGACGACGACGACGACUCGAACCACCACAACGCCACCGCGGUUUUUCCCGCAAGCGCCGAUGCCGACGCCGACGCUGGCGACAACGACCACACCGACGACCGCGCCGUCGUGGUCCUGCGGCUGAGGGAAACCGGGAGCGGGACCGACUACUUUGUGGGCUUCAACCGGGCCUCCGGGGCCAACCAGGAAACCCAGGAGGACGCCAACGAGAUCGUGGUCGUCGAGAAGCCCUCGGGAGGGUCCUACGGGUACGGCCAGUCCUGGAAGGUGGCGGCCCUGGGGACCAAGGGCCAGUCCAUUGUGGUACCCUUUCGGGGAAGCCUUGUUUCCGCCUUUGUGGAAAUCAAGCUGCUCGCCGACACAACCACCGGCUACAGCGGAAGCAACACCAACACCAACCAGGCACCCAUCAACGCCCCCGUGGCCAUCACCAGCUACAGGCGGGCCGAUCCCUGCGGAAACGGCGAGCGGACCCUCCUCUUCGAGGCCAGGGGCAUGACGGACGGUUUGGGCGGCCGCGAGGCCUCCUGGAGCCUCAGGGUGGACCCCGACAAGAAGGCAAGCGGGAACAACGCCGACGAGAACGCCGCCAGCGCAAGCGGUGCAAGGGGGGGAUACCUCGGCUUUGGGUCCGGCUACGGCCCGAGGGAAAGCUUCCGGAGGGAUUUCGAGGUCUGCCAGAACACGUGCUACAUAUUUGCCAUUAGCGAAACAGGGGGGGACGACCCAAGCGGAAGCGAAGGCGAAGCGGCCUGGGGCGGCGUCGUUGAGGGCUUUCUCAACGGGGAAAAGGUCUUUGACACCCGCGACGAACCCAAACAGAACCAGAAACAAAACCACGAACCCCCGGAGCACGAUUUGCACUCGCACUCGCAUUCGUACUCCUUCUGCAUCGACCCCCUCCCGCUGUGCCGGGACUCGCCGACCUUCAGGAUCCGGACCGGAAAGGGCAAGAACAAAAAGACCCGGAAGGGCUGCAAGUGGGUCCGCGAGAACCCCAAGAAGCGGUGCCGGAGGCAGUGGAAAGGUAAACCCCUGUCCAAGCGAUGCCCCGUGUCCUGCGACCUGUGCUGACCAAGACAGACUCGAGGCGAAACGAAGCGAAGCGAAACGACGCGAAGAGUCGGAAGCGGGGCAACCGCCAAAGCAAAGGCA